UUUCAGCUUCAAUAAGAAGUGAACAGUAAGACCUCCAAAUAAAUCUUACUCAUUCUUAUCACAUUUUUCAAACACAAACACACACACCAAUAAUAUAGAGACAGAUGAAGGCAUCUGUACUACUACUCUUCACAAUUACUUGUCUUAGUUUAUUCUCCCAUGCAAAGCCAGAAGCUGACUCAUGUACCUGCAAUUUAAACCUCAAAGCUCCUAUCCCUUUUGAUACCUCCAACCUUCACUGCCUUCCGGUAUGGAAUGCUCAAGGUUUCAUCCUCAGGUAUGCUCAGACUUCUGCAAACAUUUGGAGCUUCAUUCUCUCAACUCCAGACACAAAUUCUUACAUAGCUAUGGGGUUCUCGGCCAGCGGUGGCAUGGUGGGUUCAAGUGCAAUUGUGGGGUGGGUGGCAUCUAGGGGAGGCAGUGGAGGGAUAAAGCAGUAUUAUCUAGGUGGCCUUACACCAAACCAGGUAGUGCCUGAUAAAGGCAAUCUACAGGUUACAGCCAAUUCAACCUUCAUCAGUUUACAGUCCUCUCGUCUGUACAUGGUGUUUCAGUUAGAAGCUACCGAACCUUUGUCCUGGCUAAUAUUUGCCACUGGAUCCACCGGUAUAUUCCCUGCAGCACCAAGUUAUGCACUAACGAAACACCUAGACAAGGUGUCCACAAGAAUAGACUACUCUAAAGCCAGCCUUGGAAGUUCACAAGCGGAUGGGAAUUCUUCACAAGUAGAUGGAAGCAGUUCAAAUUCACAAGCAGACUCCUGUAACAUGAAGCUAAACCUCAGUGUUCCUCUCUUGUUCGAUACAACAAAGCUCAAUUGCCUUCCUGUUUGGAGUGCUCAAGGAUUCAUCCUUAGAUAUUCUCAGAGCUCUCCAAACAUAUGGAGCUUCAUCCUAUCAGCCCCAAGUCCAAAUUCUUAUAUAGCUAUGGGGUUCUCUCCCAAUGGAGGCAUGGUAGGUGCAAGUGCCAUUGUGGGAUGGAUCUCAUCCAAUGGAGCUAGUGGAGGCUUGAAGCAGUAUUAUCUAGCAGGGACUGCACAAAAUCAGGUGGUGCCAGAUAGAGGCAACUUAAAAAUCCUCUCAAACUCAACCUUGAUGACAUCACAGUCCUCACAUUUGUACAUGGCCUUUCAGUUAGAAACCAACCGCCCUCUUUCGGGGCUGAUUUAUGCCGUCGGACCUAACAGUAUCUUCCCUUCAGCACCAAGUUUUGCUUUAGCGCAGCAUCAAGACAAAGUUUCCAUUAAGUUGGAUUAUGCCGCAGGUUCAAGUGCAUCAGAAAACCCCUAUACAAACCUGAAAAGAAGGCAUGGAAUUUUGAAUAUCCUGGGAUGGGGCAUCCUAAUCAUAAUGGGAGCAAUAGUUGCUCGCCACUUCAAGCAAUGGGAUCCAUUUUGGUUUUAUUUCCAUGCUUCUGUUCAAUCAUUGGGUUUUCUUCUCGGAGUAAUCGGUGUAAUUACUGGAAUUGUCCUCCAUAAUCAACUCCAUAUUGACUUUAAUCUUCACAAGACUCUUGGAAUCAUCAUUCUCAUUCUAGGUUGCCUCCAGGUAAUGGCUUUUGUUGGUAGACCGAACAAGGAAUCAAAAGUGAGAAAGUAUUGGAAUUUUUACCAUCAUAACUUAGGGAGAAUUCUGAUCAUACUAGCUAUAGUUAACAUUUUCUACGGAAUUCAUUUAGGCAAGGAAGGAAGUGGAUGGAAGGUAGGUUAUGGAAUUGUGCUAGCCAUAUUACUCUCUAUUGCAGCUAUUUUUGAGAUUGGAUUGUGGAGUAGAGACUAAAUUUUUUUGUUUAUAAAUAUAGAAUGUUUCACCCUUGGUUUGUCAUUUGAAAGCACUUCAAUUCCAUUUGUAAGCUUAUUGUAAGCAAGGAUUAGAAUUGAAUUAAUUGUAUGUUAAACAAAUUUAAUAAGA